GAUGCCAGCUAAAAGAACAAACAUGUCCAGUGAGCCGCCGGAAAAACAAAAUGACUCCACCUCUAAACCCAUUACUCCGGAUGAAAAUGAGUUUAUAGUGGAGAAGAUCAUUGGAAAGCGCUUCGCACGCGGACGACCACAGUAUUUAAUUAAAUGGUUGGGCUUUCCGGAGAAGGAUAAUAGCUGGGAGCCCCUGGAGGGAGUGGCGCACUGCUCUACACUGCUGGCUGACUUCGAGGCAGAGCUCUUUAGCCGCAAUCAGCAGGUGGCGUCGGGAAGCAACAAGAAGUCCAAAGGAAAGAAGCAGCGAAAUGAUUCAGGCAGCAAGAAGGCCCCUGAACUGUAUCGGGAUCUAGGAAACGGGAUCGCAAAUGUGACGAAGUCUCUUGAAAACUCGAAGGGUCGCGGUCGUGGACGCAAAUCAAAGUUCAAGAAUGAUAAGACUCCAGCCGCACCACCAUCGCCUUCCUUGGACACAGCGCCAGCGACACAAAAAGCAAGUGAACUUAGCGGCUCGGUGUCAAACAGUAAGGGGCAGUCGAAGAAGCCACUUGAAAACAAAUUAGAAUCACCACAAUCGCUCAUGAAACCACAAAUUGGGGCAGUUAGCCUCAGCGAAGUGGACACGUCGUUCUCAGAGAUGCAGCUCAACGACCAGGUCACAAAAGGUCGGGCUCUGUCUGAACAAAGCUCCAGUAGCGAUUCAGAUAGUGCAUCUGGACAGGCCUGGAGAAUGCCACCGUGCACCGAACCCUUUGGGGUGAGGCGCGGUCUGGAGCUGGAGAAGGUGCACCACAGCUUUAAGGUUCGCGAUGUUGUUAUAUUGUUUGUCACUUGGAAGGAUUGCUCGACGAUGGAUGCUGUGCCUUUGGACGACAUCAAGCAUGCUUACCCUAUGCCAAUAAUUAAGUAUUUUCAGUCUUUGAAGAGGUCGACUGAGUGAAGUGUUAAGUCUUAGACUCGUAUAUUAAAUGUUAUGCUAGAGGCUAAAGGUAAAAUACAAAUAAAAGCCAAAGAGCUUUCAGUGGAGAGGAUCGCUGGAAUGCGCUUCAUGCGCAGGCGUUCACUGUUUUUAGAUAAACGGAUGGAUCCUUACUACUGUUCGAACUCGAGGCUAUAAGA